CACAUUCAGAAAAUUCCGUCGAGAAAAUAAACAGAAAUAAAAGAAAAUGUAAUGUCAUUUUCUUUUCCUGAAAAUCAUGGUAUUACAAUCGCCUGCUAAUUAUACCUAAAAUCUAAAACUACUUAAGCAAGAUAAUACCGUUUGGAGAAGAAUAUCGAUUUUCAAGAUGCUUUUUGUACUGUCGAGGAUACUGUCCCGUUCAAAUUGCAUUUUAAUUUUAAUAAUGUCCGAUCUCGUGGUUUCGGUGCCUCUCAAGUCUCGAAAACGUUCGACAAGCGGAAGCGAACAAGGCUUCUCGGCCUCUCCGAGGAUUCUGGAGUUCCAGCUACCGCUCAAGAUUACUUCGAAGCAAGAUAUAGUAGCUUGGUCUAAGUACGUGAUGGGUCUGGUAACAUCCAAGAUGAAUUUCACGUCGUCUGGUUUAAAGGACGCCCUGUCAUCCGAGAAACGAGUGUCCCUUGCGGACAACUCGGCCACCAAAUCGAAGGAGAUGAUGAAGAAGGCGCCUUUUAGUGAGAAACGACAAGGUUUCAAUUAUCCGACCCGAAGACUCAAGGGACCCCAUAUGCAAAGAGGAGAUGAAAAAGUGAUAGCUUAUCCAUUGUCUUUAGGAGGAAUGAAAACUGCCACGUCCAAUCCGCAGGAUCCUUUCGGUUUUUCUUCUUCAAAUAUCAAUGGACCGACUAACGCGAAUUUCGCGAAUUCCAAUAUAAACUUUAACGCGAACUUUGAAAAUCCCUUUCAGCAAAGUGAGAUUGAUACUUUUGGGAAUUUCGAUAUCUUGGCGCAGCCUCCAUCUUCGCCAUAUCUUCCGAUGUCCAAGGCCUUCGACAAUGAGCUCGGACAGACGCUACCAAUCGCCAUAAGCGAUGAAUUGACAGCGAAUCUGUCACGUUUAGGUGAACCUCUGUUAACCUUCCCAUUUCAAGCGGUGAUAACCAUCACUAGCCAGCUUCCAACAGCUACGACGGUCUUGAAUACGCAGCCGAAGGAUUAUUUAGCGUUUCGUCCUAGGGAUUCCUUUUCGCAAUUUGAAAAAGAUUUCGAAAAAAAUUACACACUUACGAACGAAUCUGGACAAAUCAACGUUGUUUUCAAUGAUCCGGGUACAAAUACAAACAGAAAGAAAACGAAUGAAUUUGUAAGAAAGGAAGAACAAGAAGAAGAGGCAGAGGAGCAAGAUGAACAGAAAAAGAAAAAUGAAAAAAAGACGAAAAGUUCGAAAAGACAAGAAAAAUCGAGAAAGCGACAACCGUCCAUAUUUGGCGAUUUGUUGAGAAUGUUGGGGGUCCUGAGAAAACUACCGAAGAAUACUACCGAGAUUAAUGUCGCGACGCCUGUACUCUCUAUCUUGAAAGGUACAAACCCACAGAAGAUACAGGUGACUUUCGACGAGACGCCGCCUGAUCAAGAAAGCCGCAAUGAAACGACCAAUCAAGCACAGGAACUGAACGACGAUGAUGACGAAGAGGAAGAAGAGGGUGGAUCUAUACAAGCUCUGAUCGAUUUACUACCGUUAGCUGCGCCGAUUCUCGAAGACCUUAGUGAUCCGAAUUCCGAGACCGACGUAGUGGAAGUGCUUCAAGCCGCGAUUCCUCUUCUCGAGGGACUCUCUGAUCCGGACGAUGAUGGAAUUGAUAUUCCUGGAGUUUUCCUGCCACUUUCCCAAAAACUCAGCGAGGGCCCGGAAGGGGAGGGUAGCGACUCUGGUGCCAUUUUAGGACCUCUCAUUCAACUGAUAGCACCGCUGAUCGGACCUCUUCUGGGGCCUCUGAUCGGUCCGUUGAGUCGUAGCAGUAGUGGUCCCACUGGUAAACAGGGAUCGGCAUCUAUAAUUACAGCAGUAGCUGGCCCUUUAAGCGCGCCACAGGGACCUUACGGACAAUCAGUAUUAUCGAACCUUAUCGCCAGUAUCACCGCUAGAUUGAGUAAAGAACUCGCCGCUUCAGCAGGUGAUUCAGACGUGAAAUCGCUUGUAAGUUCGCUUGUGUCAGGCGUGCUUGCUGGUGCUAGCGCUGGUUCUAGCGGUCAUAAAAGUUAUGGUCAUAAGACUUACGGUCAAAAAGAUACAUAUUACGCGCCUACAACCUAUGGCAGUUAUGGUGCCUACGACUAUAAACCAGCGGCUACAAACGGAAACGACAUGAUUUCCGCGGUCUUAAAGGAAGUCCUCGGCGCCUUCUUGAAGCUGUCGGCCACGUCGUCAACUUCUAGCGCAAAUCUGUCUGGCACAUCGUCAAGCGGCAGUGCUGGUCUGUCAGCCAGUUCAUCGGAAGGUUCAUCUCAGGAGCCGCCUAAGACUCCUGCGUACGGUCCACCGACAAAUCCGCCCUACGAAACGCCGCCGUCCAUGAGGCCUGCUUACUCUCCACCUGCGAGCUCUCCCUACGAAACAUUCACGCGAAGGCGAGCACAUCAAAUAAAGAAAUUUUAA